ACUAACAACCAUCACCACUAACAACCAUCACCACUAACAAUCAUCACCACCACCAUCACCACUAACAACCAUCACCACCACCAUCACCACUAACAACCAUCACCACCACCAUCACCACUAACAACCAUCACCACCACCAUCACCACUAACAACCAUCACCACCACCAUCACCACUAACAACCAUCACCACCACCAUCACCACUAACAACCAUCACCACCACCAUCACCACUAACAACCAUCACCACCACCAUCACCACUAACAACCAUCACCACCACCAUCACCACUAACAAUCAUCACCACCACCAUCACCACUAACAACCAUCACCACCACCAUCACCACUAACAAUCAUCACCACCACCAUCACCACUAACAACCAUCACCACCACCAUCACCACUAACAACCAUCACCACUAACAACCAUCACCACUAACAAUCAUCACCACCACCAUCACCACUAACAACCAUCACCACCACCAUCACCACUAACAACCAUCACCACCACCAUCACCACUAACAACCAUCACCACUAACAACCAUCACCACUAACAACCAUCACCACCACCAUCACCACUAACAACCAUCACCACCACCAUCACCACUAACAACCAUCACCACCACCAUCACCACUAACAACCAUCACCACUAACAACCAUCACCACCACCAUCACCACUAACAACCAUCACCACCACCAUCACCACUAACAACCAUCACCAUCAUCGCCUGUUGUUGCGUUUUGUCUGCCGCGAGCUCGUGUCUCUGUGUGUGUCUCUCUGUGUUUGUGUAUCUCUCUCGUGUGUGUCUCUGUGUUUGUGUCUGUCUGGGUCUCUGUGUGUCUGUCUCUCUGUGUCUCUCUCUGUCUGUGUGUCUCUCUGUCUGUGUGUCUCUCUGUCUGUGUGUCUCUCUGUCUGUGUGUCUCUCUGUGUCUCUGUGUGUCUCUGUCUCUCUGUGUGUCUCUCUGUCUGUGUCUCUCUGUGUGUCUCUGUCUGUGUCUCUGUCUGUGUCUCUCUGUGUCUCUCUCUCUGUCUCUCUGUGUAUCUGUGUCUCUCUCUGUCUCUCUGUGUAUCACUGUCUCUGUCUGUGUGUCUGUCUGUCUCUGUCUGUGUGUCUGUCUGUCUCUCUCUGUGUGUCUCUGUGUCUCUCUCUGUGUGUCUCUGUGUCUCUCUCUGUGUGUCUCUCUGUGUGUCUCUCUGUGUGUCUCCAUCCAUGGCGAGGUUCGCGUCCGCCUGACCCCCCCCCAUCACUCUCCCUGUCUCCUCCUCCUCCAACUCUCUCUCUCUAGGCCAUUGUCGCGUCCUGACGGCCAUCACCACCACCACCACCCUCGUGUAGUUCACGUUUCCCUACCCUAACAACCACCACCAACAACAACAACCAACAACAACAACAACCACCAAGCACCAAGGCCUGCGACUCGCCACCACCUCCACCGCGCUCCGGAAUCCGAUUUGAAAGGGUCGAUGGUAGAGAAACCUUUCCUCAACCAGGGAAAAACCGAAGGACCCGGAGAAAAAAUGCACCACAAGCAUUGGGAAAGAGACUUGCAAACUCCAAAUAUACAGCAAACAUCAGUCGGGAUCAAACCCCCGACGUCCUGCAUACCAGGCGAGACAAUGGACGUGGGGAUGUCCAAGUUGGCGUACGGCCCCAAGAGGUCGCACAAGAAGAAGAAAAGAUCCGAGGAGAGAGUUCGCUACGAGCCGCACUCAAGCCUGGGCCUCACGUAUGACGACAUCGGUGCCGAAAUGGCCAUGAACCAAAUGUACAUGCAGCAGAACGCCAGCCGUGGACGGCAGCGAGCGGUCGCUGUGAUGGAAGAAAGCGACACCUCGGUUUCAGACAUGGAUGGCAGCUACGAUGACAACGACUACGGGGCGCACCCCGAGAGCGUGAUGAACUCCCACGGCGGGCGACCCGUGCCUCACGGCUGGGACAAGGAGGAGGAGGAAGAGGAUGACGAUGAUGACGACGACGACGAUGACGACGACGACGAAGAUGAAGACGAGGAAGACGGGCUGGAAGAUGACGUUGAUGAUGAGGAGGAAGAGGAAGGGGAGGAAGAGGAGGAGGAGGAAAGCAGCAGUGAGGAUGAUGAGAGUGAUGAGGCGCCACCCACGCCCAGGGCCUACGCGCAGGCAUUCGCCGUCGACACAACCCCCAAACGGGAGCAGCCUCCGAGGCAGCAGCCUCCGAGGCAGCAGCCGGUCCGGCAGCAGCCGGUCCGCCAGCAACCCGUCCGCCAGCAGCCCGUCCGCCAGCAGGCGCUGCGGCAACAGCCGGUUCGUCAGCAGCCCGUCCGCCAGCAGCCGCUGCGGCAACAGCGGCAACAACAACAGCAGCAGCAGCAGCGGCAACAGCCGCAACAGCAGCAGCGGCAGCGUCGGCAGCAGCAGCAGCAGCAGCAGGGGGGUGGGGUGGCGCCCACUCGCGAAAAGCCGCACGUGUGCGGAGACUGCGGCAAGGGCUUCGCUCACAUGUCCAGCCUCACGAUCCACCGGCGCACCCACACGGGGGAGCGCCCCUACGGCUGCAAGGAGUGCACCAAGGCCUUCUCCACCGUGUCGAGCCUCACGAUCCACUUCCGCACGCACACGGGCGAGCGUCCGUACGUGUGCGACGAGUGCGGCAAGAGCUUCUCGCAGGCGAACACGCUGAAGAACCACGAGCGCACGCACACGGGGGAGAAGCCGUUCGUCUGCACGGACUGCGGCAAGUGCUUCACCAACAUGUCGGGCCUGAAGACCCACCGGCGCACGCACACGGGCGAGAAGCCCUUCGCCUGCGUCGACUGCGGCAAGUGCUUCUCGCAGGCCAACGGCCUCAAAGACCACCGGCGCACGCACACGGGAGAGCGGCCCUUCGCCUGCCUCGAGUGCGGCAAGGCUUUCUCCAACGUGUCGGCACAGAAGAUGCACAUGCGCACGCACACUGGCGAGCGCCCGUACGAGUGUGAGGAGUGCGGCAAGCGCUUCACGCAGCUCUCCAGCCUCAAGGUGCACCUGAACCUGCACGGGGGCGAGCGGCCGCUCGCCUGCGAGGAGUGCGAGCGCGGCCCCCUGCGGCACGUGUGCAACCAGUGCGGCUGCGCGUUCGCGCGUGCCCACGACCUUCGCGGCCACAAGAAGACGCACACGGGCGAGAGGCCGCACGCGUGCGGGCAGUGCGGCCGCGGCUUCUCGCGCCUCUCCAGCUACGAGAAGCACCUGAGCGCGCACGCCACCGAGAAACCGCACGCGUGCGGCGUCUGCGGCCGCGCCUUCGCCCGCAAGAUGAACCUCAAGGCCCACCAGCAGCUGCACACGGGCGAGCGGCCGCGCCCGUGCAACGAGUGCGGCAAGCCGUUCGCGCACGCCUGCGGCGCCAAGCGGCGCCGGGCGGCGGGCCGCGGCGGCGACGAGAGGCCGUUCGCGUGCGGGGUGUGCGGCAAGGGCUUCUCGACGCCGCUCUACCUGAAGCUGCACGAGCGCACGCACUCCGGCGGCGGCGGCGCCGGAGAUCGGCCGCACCGCUGCGAGGAGUGCGGCAAGGGCUUCGCGUGCCUCUCCAACCUGGAGAAGCACACGUACGCGCGCCCGGGGGAGCGCCACCCGCACGCCUGCGUCGACUGCGGCCGCGGCUUCGCGUGCCUCUCGGAGCUGCGCAAGCACACGGCGGCGCACGCCGACAGCGGCUGGGCGCACGCGUGCGACGCCUGCGGCGAGGGCUUCUCCUGCCUCUCCAACCUCAAGAAGCACCGGCUGGCGCGCUCGUGCGUCGUCGGCGAUCGCCAGCCGGCGCCAGCGCCGCCGGUGGCGGCGGCAGCACCGCCGCCGCACACGUGCGAGGAGUGCGGGGAGACGUUCUCGCACCUGUCGCACCUCAAGAAGCACGCGGGGACGCACGGCGGCGCCGAGAAGCCGCACGCCUGCGGCAGCUGCGGCAAGAGGUUCUCGCAGAUCUACCACCUCAAGAGGCACCAGAUGAAGCACUGGAGGGAGGCCGGCUACGUGGGCGGCCCGUGAGGCCCCACGGCGGCCGUAGGGCCCGCUGCCCGCCACGCCACCCCACGCCUCUCUCGGUUCGCUUUGGGCGGCCGCUCCUCGGAGUUGGUGACGGACGGUGGGGGGGGGGGGGGGUGAAGGAGAGAGCCGACCGAGCCGGCGACCGCGUCCGAGAUCUUGCGGUUUGAAUCUCGGGCUUCCUGCGUAAACCCGAGGCGGACGCGCGAUUCCGAGCGCACGUGCGGGGGUCAACGGCUCGGGGUUUGUCAAGAGCAUCCGAGUCCGACUUCGCCUGAAGACGGUUGUACAAAGUAAGGGAAGGGGGGGAGAGGGGGUGGUAUUACGCUUUUUGAGGGCACCAGCGGCAGGGAACAUUUCGGGAGGAAAACGACUUUAGAGUAAGGGGAGGGCAUUUCGUGCAGAAGACGCGGUCAAGCCCUGGGCGGGUGAUGAAUUGGCUAAGAGGGUCGGUGCCAGCAGCUUGGUACGUGCGGCGAGUUCUUGUCCCGAUCGACGAUGGCUUUGCAACGACGAAGACAACAACAACAACACCCUCCCAGAGUAAAAUCGUUAAUUCUCCACUCAACUCGGCCACAGCCAGCGGGCUGCUUGCACCGAGGGGCUUCAUUGGCAGAAAUUAGCAGGGUGAGCCGCUCGCUCGCUCGACCAUGCGCCGUGAGAGCAGCGGACGUCUCGCGGGACCCGCGGUGGUGCGGGACGGGGGAGACCCUUCCGAGGCGCGUUAGCCCGGGGGCCCCCGUGUCUUCAAGUCGCCGAGGGUCAAUUCCGAGACGAUGUUUCUGCCGUAGUUCGAUUUUCCGUCGGCAAAUCAUCAUGGAAAAUAGGGGCCCCCUCCAUUUGGUGAAGGUCGAGCCAGUGGCCAAAUUUCAGUUCGCCCGACAUCGGUUCGGAGGCGAUGCGACUAAAUCUCAAUUGCGGGGGGUGAAAAACCGGCUUCAGGGUGGCCGGCACGAACCCCCCACCCAUGUGGACCAUUUGAGUGUUAUCUUCGUGUGUGUGUUUCCGUGGCAACAACUUUAAACUAAAUAUUUUAAAAAUUAUGGAUUGGCGAAAAAAUUUAAGCGCAGAAUCCCACCCCCAUCCCUCCUUUGUAGAGUCUUUAGACAUAGUUAUUAUUAUUACACGAUUCUUUAGACCUGGUUGGGGCGGCGACGAGGCUACAGGAAAGCCACGCCUCUGUGGAAUCAUCGUCCCCACCAAUACGGCGUCGAAUCGUCAUCUCCACCAUCACGGCGUCGUGCUUUUCCGGCGGCGCGCAAGAUGGCCGGAUGAUGACGAUUGGGCUUGAAGAAAAAAAAUCUACAAAUUUCAUCUGAAGAGACGCGUGGAGUUCCAAAUCUCGUCGGCUGCCUUGCAUCUCCCCUUGUCCGUCUACUGUGCUCGGUAACGCGGGUCGUUGUCCUCAAGUGACCUCGACUCGAGCGGAACCCAGACUUACAAACAACAUUGGAGAGCACCUGAACGUGGGCACGGCUGCCGUAGGCGACGACUUCACGAUGGGGAGACGACAAGCAGAAUCGGAUUUAUCCCCAUGUCCAGCUACGGGCACGGGGGUCAGAACGUUAUAACAAGAAACGUUGUGAAAUAAGAGACGAUACGAGUGCAAAGUAUAGGAAAGGUAAACAAACUGCGUAAAAAAGAACAUACAAAUAAAACUACGCUAUUUUUAUCUCACCGGGUGAAGGCCCAAUGAGCUAUAUUGGCUUAUUUUUCAGAAGCGACCUGGCCACCACAAAUGAUUGCUCAACAAAUUGGCUUAUCGUCAUCGUGUGGAAAUUUAUAGCAGUAUCAAGGGCUGCGUGACUUCCCUUGACACCGCGCUCGGGAGCCAAACGUGAGCCUGUUACCUCUUUGAAUGGGUCGGCGGUUAGAGGGGAUCACGUAAAGGUGGCAGCAGCAGCAGCAGGGUUCUUUACCAGGCAGCCCAUAAGCCGGACGUGGUCUGAAAAGUCUCUUGUCAGUGGCCUCACUGAGAGAAUGUGGCUUAUCAAGGCACGCAGAGAUACAAUUAUAAUGGAGGUUUUUUUGGGGGUUAGUUCGUGGUAAGGGUUUGAUUAAUUACUAGUUCAGCACUCACCGCUUGUGUGUCAGAGAGUAAACCCACAGCAGAGCAUUUACAAUUCGAGUAGCCGUGAUGUUUCGCCCGUAAUUACAUCAACAACCAACCUCAUCAGGCGACAGCCAGAAUUGUGGACAAAACCUCCGUCCCCUUUCGGUCUUCAAAGAGAAAUGCGAUCAAUGAUGACGAGCGAAAGAUAAGCGAGGGGGGGAGGGCGCUGCUGACGACCGAGAGAUGAAGAUCCAGUUGGGUGAAAGCAGGGACGAAGCAAGAGCCGCUUCCGCCUGACUGCGUCACGUCACGUGGCCCGUCGGCACGCGGGCAAGCGUUGUCGCGGGGCCUGCCAGCGAAUCAAGCCUGGAAAAGCCUGACCUGGAACCCUGCCCAUACGCGGACACUUUGCCCACGUGUCUCGGGGUUUGCCCCCCCCCUCCCCCCCGAUACCGCCGUGUUUGUUGACUGCUGUCCCCACAGCCGUACCCAUAAAAACUGUCGUCGGCGCGCGUCGAGGCCAACAAGUCUGGCGCUACAUCAUGGGACCUCCUUUGCAGACGUGAUUCCUUGUAAGAGGUUUCAGUUUGGUGUUUUAACAUCUUAACACUUGUUUUGUUGCCAAUUUAUCGUUUGACAUCGGGAUACGGGCAAAGGCGCGAGAAAAUCCACAGCUGUUCAGUGGCAUUCAGAAUGCUCAUUCCCAACUGGUGCGGUGGCAGAUGUCCUAUCAAAUCCACAGAUUAACGCGCUUGGCUCAAUGUACACACUCAGACUCCCAGACCCAUACAGAGACCCAUGGAUGCCCACGGAGACCCACGGAGACUCACAGAGACCCACAGAUUAGCUUAGUUGGUUACGUACGGCGGUGCGAAAGAAGUUCAACGAAUACACUCGGAGACCCCCAGACCCAUGGAGACCCAUGGAGGCCCACGGAGACCCACAGAUUAGCGUGGUUCGCUACGUACGGUGCGAACGAAGUUCAACGUACAUACGUGUUAUCUGGACUGUGCUCCGCAACUCUCCCAUCCAGCUGUGAGAACAUCGCUAGCGGACCCGUGGCAGACGGACAGACGGGGGGGGAGAGCGCUUCCUUCGCUACUGAGAACCUCCCGCUCCCACCCCCACGUCAUCACCAGGUCAGCCGAUUGUCUGCCCGGCUUUGAGCUCCGACUCUACCUACGGACCAUGCCUUUGGGUGGCGGGGGGGGGGUGGCGAUUCGUCACGCUUUGUGUGGCUGUGGUGUUGUGUAGAGGAUGCUACCACCGAAGACGAAACAAAGACAAAGAUCCCCCGUGUAGCCUUAACAGACUAUGCGGCACACGAGAGAGGUGGGUGGCCAGCACCGCGUCUCCCCAGUGGCGAUGUUUAUUUCGCACCGGGUACUCAUUUGAGGCCGAGUCGACCUAGGGGAGGCCCAGGCCCGGUAUCUGACAAUUGUCCCCAGUGUUGGCCCCGCCGCCGCUCAAGUUGUCUUGCGAGGAGCUACCGUUUUGGGGCUUUUCGGCACCUGCGGCCGUGAUGGAUGCCGAUACCCGGGGGGGGGGGGGGGGGGGGCGCAUCUGUGUCGGUGAACGGAGCGCAAAGAUGUCACGGCCCGCGGGGCCCCCACCCACCACUCCUUAGCACCACGGUGACCCCCGACCCCCCCCCCCCCGUCUGAGUUGCGACGAUGCGGGAAGGCGAGUCGACUCGGAUGGCGGCGUCGGUUUCGGUUUUCGCGAUCGCUCGGCAGGGGGUGUUUCUUUUUUUUUUGCUGCCGUUGCGGUAGAAGUUUUUAGUCGUGUGGCGCCCGGGCACUCGUCUGCCCUGUGUUUCACCGUGGGUUUUGUUUAUACGCGUCGUGGUGGGGGGGGGGGGGGGGGGGUGAUUGUGUGCGCGUAGCCGUGAGUGUUGGAUAUUGGUCGACGCGGAAGUUGUUUAGCAGCGACAAGAAAAGGAAAAAAAACGACGAGUAGGAAUCGUAGUGAGUGACAAAGCGCUCGGUGGACUCUUGAUUGACGGCAUUAUCGGGCUGGGGAGACGUUAACUUCCUCGCCUGGUAGGCAGGAGGUCGUGGGUUCGAUCCCGACCCUGAUGCCUGCCGUAUAUUUGUGGUGUCUCUCUCCGCGUGGUCGUGUGGAUUUCCCCCACCCCAUCCACAUUUAGAAUCGACGUCAUGUGUUCAAGAGAUUUUGGCUGCUGCUUUGAAUUCCACGAUAAACCACUUCGGGUUGAGCUGUUAUCAUUUACGAUGGCCCAGGUCACCCUCUGAAAAAACUGAUAAAAUAAAAAAACGGUUUAUAGUUAAAAUCUGUUCGACGAAGCUAGGUUUAGUCAAGAUUGAACAUUACUCAUGGAGCCGGGUGGCGUGGAGGCACGUCCAGUGCGUCCCAGCGCUCGAUGGGCAGCGGGUUGGCGGAUCGCGCGUGCGUGAAGCUGCCCGUUCCUACUGGCCCGCAGCGUGGUCAAGAGGUUAGCGGUCCUGCAGAGAGCGCGUUCCUGAACCUGGCCAGUGCAGAUCUUUUGUUGCUUUUUCUUAUGCAUUGUUCUCCCCAUAUGGCACGGUUAGUUUCAUCCGGGCUACUCGGGAUUUCUUCCCCAAAUGAAGUCGAAAGCCGCCGCUUAGUUUAGCGAAAACACAAGACACGUGCUAAAGGAAAUUGGGCAAAACCGUCCCAAAUGCAGAACCCGCUUGAGAAAAAGUUUUGAGGCUUGGUGUGAGGAUUUUCUGUAUUGUUUGUGGAUAAUAAUAUUAGUAUUAUAAGGACAAAUGAGUUGUAGGAUCGCAGGGAGGGGUGGGGAUUAAGGAGUUGUAAGGAGUGGUGAGGAGGAAUGAGGAGUAGUGAUGAGGGAGUGAGGAGGGGGGGGAGCGGCGAGGGGUGGGAGAGUGGCGAGGGGGGGUAGGAGAGAGUUGAGGGACGGUGCUAGCGAGGACCUUAGCCGAGUUGCGUUGACGAGUUCCCCACGUUGUGAAACGGUGAACCAGCACUCGCGUGCGGUCGACUGAAGCACGGCUAAGCUUAGAGUCCGCUGGACUGUUAUACUGUAGUUGUAAUCGCGACUUGAAUAGUCUUAUAUAUACAUGUGCGUGCGCGCCAGCGCGUGUGUAGUGUUCACGGUCUGUUUUCCAUUUCCUGGUAAGUCGGUGUAUUUUUAUUUUAACCGGGCAACGACAACAACAACAAAACACGGCCGGAUGAUAAUUGUGGCUUUCACGCGGUGUUGAAAUUUAUCUUUUUUUUUUUCCCCAAAGCGUUUGGAUUUUUGGCAAGGACGUCAGGCAAACCGAAGAGUCGCCUGCGGGGCGGUAUCACCACGUAUUUUAAGGUCCCCCCCCCACUUCCUCCUCCUAACCUCGCAACGGUUCUCCCGUUCGCGCGCCUCUGGAAUUACCGAUCCGGCCCUUCAGGCAGGAGUCAAACUUCUCGUUCUGCGGCUCCGGGUCCCGGGGGCGCACGCCGCUAAACCGCCGCGACGCAUUGACUCUGUCGCCCGGUAAAAAAAAAAAAAUCCCACUAAAAAUCCGUGCCUACCGAUGAGCGCGGGUUGGCUACAUACGGUGCGAAAGGAAGUUCAAUGGUUCGUACGUGCGUACGUCAAAUCCUCGCCAGAAGUUGCACCUUAUCCCUACGUGGAUAACUGUUUAAAAGAGACCCCCGCGUGUGACUUUCUCCCUCUCCGCCGACAAAGCCUGCCAUCGCGCGGCGGUGGCUCGGAGAUGUUGACUCCCUCGCCUGGUGUGGUAGGAGGUCGUGAGUUCAAUCCCGACCCUUGACGCCUGAUGUAUAUUUGGAGUUUCUGUCUCUCCCCAUGGUCGCGUGUUUUUUUUUCUCGGGUCCUCCGGUUUUUCCCUCCGCAUUUACAAUGAACGUCACGCAUUUAUUUGGCCGAUGCUGUAAAUUUCCACACGGUGAUGAUAAGCCACCUGGUACAGCUGUUAUCAUUAGUGAUAGCCAGGUCGAUUCUUAAAGAGAGCUACAUGGCAGCUCAGUGGGCCUUACCUAAUAAAAUAAAAUGUAUUUAUUCGUAAAUACUUAAGUUUGCAACUCGGCCAAAAACUGCAGUCGUUUUUUUUACCAACUUCGUUCAAACUGUGCGGUGACGUACCGUUAGAGCGCGACGUACGGUUCUUGUAUGGAUCAUGUACGGUUCACGUGCGACGUACGGUUUGCGUGUGACAUACGGUUCAUGUACGGUUUGCGUGUUACAUACGCUUAAUGUACGGGUCACGUGUGACGUACGGUUGAUGUAUGGUUCAUAAGCUACGUGCAGUUCAUGUAUGGGUCACGUGUGACUAGAGGCUGACCAAAAUUUGGUUUCGGCGCCGUAAGUUGGCAAAUGGCCUCUUUCGGUGUACUUUCGGUUUCGGCCAAAAGUACAUUUUUAACUUUCAGUCUGGUUUCGGUUUCGGCCAAAACUGAUAUUCACUUUCGGUCGUCAUUCGUCAACCGAAGAUCUAUUUUUAGAAUAUAAGCUAGUGCUACGUUUAUCACUCUGCCUAUCAGUCGGCACUAGGCAAUCCUACACACACACGUCAGCAUCAGCAGCAGCUUGGGAGCGAGGUUACAGCCGCAACCAUGGUCUGCUAAUGUAUAUACGACCGGUCAACAGACGGCAAGCCUGUCUGGCUGAAUGCAGAAAAACUGUUGUUUCUUAACUCCAAAAUUCGUUUGUUUGGAUAUAAUUACUAAGUAAGUAACACCUAAAUAUUUUAUAUUUAGCGACUCUUACUGCAGGCUCUGAUUGAUUAGUUCUAGAUUUAUUUUUAAUUAAAGUAGCAUUGCAUCACAACAUUUCAUAAAUCUUGUGUUUGGUAACUUCGGUUAUAUACCUUUCUGUUUCGGUCUCAGUCGAAAGUGUAUUUAAACUUUCGGUUUUGGUCAAAAGUGUAGUUAACUUUCGGUUUUGGCUUCGGUUUCGGCCAAACCCGAAACCAGAAAUUCAGUUUAGGUCGGCCUCUACGUGUGACGUACGGUUCAUGUAGGUCACGUGUGAUGUACAGUUCACGUACGGGUCACGAGGGACGUACGGUUCAUGCACGGUUCGCGAGCGACGCACGGUUUGCGUGCAAGCGUGGUUGGAGGCGAGUCUGGGAGAGAGGCUUAUUCUGGAGCGUGGAAUGCCCUGCCCUUGUUAAAGUGGUGACACUGGGAACUGGCGACCAGGCAAGCCACCGGAGGAGCAGAGUCUUACAGGCGGCGCGAGCUUCAGAAAGAUCGCCGAGUCUUAGGAUUCCGCGUCCCCUUCGUAAUCAACCGGAGAUCUCUUUUAAGCGAGAGAUCUCUCCCCCAGUGCUGUCCUCCAGGCCCUCAUUUCGAGAUCAAAAUAAUGCCUCCCAGCAGCAGAGCGUCGCCUCAACGGGCAACUCGGAAGUGUCGCAAUUGAAAAGAGAUGACCCGAAAAAAAACCCCCAUUACCCCCCAGCAUUACAUUACGUCGCUUGAAUCGUCGACAAAAGUACCCGUCCAUUCUGGCGUGGAUGAUUGUUCCACAUUCCUCCGUCCAAGAAAAAAAUACCAAAGGCCAAUGGCACAUUUCCAUCAACUUGUCAUCGAAAUCCUGCAGAAAUAUUGGACCGCGGGAGGGGAAGGCCGUCGUCGCUCUGCAAUGUUAUCACUCGCCCGUGCGAUGCGACGGGGAAGAGGAUUUGGGCACGUGUCGACUAUGUUUGUUCUUUCUUUUUUUGAAACCCCUGCCUCUUGGAGGCUUACCGUUUUUAAGAACGACGAUGGUAAAUAAAAAUGAAAUUGCCCGAAAAAUCAA